AUGGCUCGCACGAAGCAGACGGCGCGUAAGUCGACGGGCGGGAAGGCGCCCCGCAAGCAGCUGGCCACCAAGGCUGCCCGCAAGAGCGCGCCGGCCACGGGCGGCGUCAAGAAGCCGCACCGCUACCGGCCCGGCACGGUGGCGCUGCGCGAGAUCCGGCGCUACCAGAAGUCGACGGAGCUGCUGAUCCGCAAGCUGCCCUUCCAGCGCCUGGUGCGCGAGAUCGCGCAGGACUUCAAGACCGACCUGCGCUUCCAGAGCUCGGCCGUCAUGGCGCUGCAGGAGGCCAGCGAGGCCUACCUGGUGGGGCUCUUCGAGGACACCAACCUGUGUGCCAUCCACGCCAAGCGCGUCACCAUCAUGCCCAAGGACAUCCAGCUGGCCCGGCGCAUCCGCGGCGAGCGCGCCUGAGUGUCCUGCUGCAGCCCACGUAGACCCAAAGGCUCUUUUAAGAGCCACUACAUUGCACGUAAAAAGGGCUGUAGCGCUGCUUAAAAUUACCCUUGAAAUCCACCCGGGGUGCACUGCCGAAAGUGCUUUUUGAAUACUCGAUGGGGGAGAGAGACAAAUUGGAUGGAAGAAAUGUGAGAUAAAAGAGGGUGAUCAUUAGUUUAUUAGUUAAAGGAGGGUGGUUAUGAAGCCUCAGGCGGGUUGGCCGGAUUUACAUCCCUGUGGCUGACAGAUGUGAUACAUUUUUGAGGAGAAAAUGGAGGGUAGAAGGGGCUGACAGGGACACACUUGUGUCAAGUGGACCCAUGCUCAGGAAAUCUGCACCUUAAACCUGCACCUUAAACCCUGGCUGGCUGGUUCAAGGCAAGAGCAGAAACUUACUGUGUUACUUCCCGUGUUACUGUCAAAGCUAGGUAAGACAGAUUGCCAUAAGGGGGUCUGCCGCCUUAUUCCUACAACUUUGAACACCAAGAACAAGAAUAUCCAUCUCAAUAAAUCAGUUUUGAUUAUCUCAGGUUUGAUAUAUAUUGUUAUAUUUGGUCUCAAA